GCCGCUUCCGGCCCGAGCGCGGCCUUUUCCGAGGAGACCCGGCCAAGAUGGCGGAGGUGGAGCAGAAGAAGAAACGAACUUUCCGGAAAUUCACCUACAGAGGGGUGGACCUGGACCAGCUCCUCGACAUGUCCUACGAGCAGUUGAUGCAGCUGUACAGCGCCCGACAGCGCCGGCGUCUCAACCGGGGUCUGCGCCGCAAACAGCACUCCUUGCUGAAGCGCCUGCGUAAGGCCAAGAAGGAGGCACCGCCCAUGGAGAAGCCAGAGGUGGUGAAGACCCACUUGCGGGACAUGAUCAUCCUCCCCGAGAUGGUGGGCAGCAUGGUUGGUGUGUACAAUGGCAAGACCUUCAACCAGGUGGAGAUCAAGCCUGAAAUGAUCGGUCACUACCUGGGGGAAUUCUCCAUCACAUACAAGCCAGUGAAGCACGGCCGGCCUGGCAUCGGUGCCACCCACUCUUCCAGGUUCAUCCCUCUGAAGUAACGAGGCGCUGCUGGGAGCCUUUUAUAUGUGUAAAUAAAGAGAUUUCUCCCGGC